UAUACCGCACAUAACGGAACAACAUUCAAGAAACCAAAUAUUCAAGAGGGCAGAUUCCACCCGCCACCAACCACCGCAGGGCAUCAUUUGAGCACACCAGUCUACAGGAUCUUUCGCUUAUUAUCGCCAGACAUGAACUCGUUCUCCUUCUUUCUUGUAAUCCGCCCCACUCGCGCCUAUCUCUUGUCGCGGACUCUCGGAAAUCAAUCCAUCACCGGUCGGCACACUAAAGAAGAAGUACCCUCUGAGUCCAAGCAGCAUCUUCUACUGCGCUGCCUCAUCCUCCUAAGAUUGACGACAACCAGCAGGCUUUGGAACGAACUCUGGAGCAGCCGCCGUCUUGCCAAUUACGCGGGCCAUGGGUUACUAGGUGAAGAUGAACAUUCGGAUAUGAUCACCACGUCGAAAACCACAAGCAAGGUUUGUGCACCCCAUCCCUUGACCACUCCCAAUGACAGAAACGUUUGAAAGCAAUCAUUAAGCAUGUAAUAGUCAGCAGAGACUAGCAAGGCGCGUUCAGAGCGGCGACACUUAGCAACGCCAAAACAAGAUCAUGGCUACUCUAUUGAUUGGAAAGGCUAGGCGUUAACUGCAGCAAC